AUGGUGUUCCAUCACGGAUUGCGCCAGUUUUCCCACACUACCGUAUCCUAUCCCCGAGUUGAGAUUGCUCGGGAUCUCCCCCGCCAUACCACGGGCGAUACGAGUCCAGCGACGCUCUGGACAUCCUUCAACUGGCAUGCUCUGACGCUUGACGGCUCUCCUGAGGAGGAAUUCGAAAAGCUUUCGCGGGAAUCAGGAGAGGACUGGAAAGAAUUAUUGGAAUCGCUGAGUCGGACGUAA